UUGCAUCACCUCUAGACUCUUGACCAAGGCGUAGACGCGGCUCAUUCCGAGGUACUCAGGCUCGGAGGCCCCUCAGGUACGCCUGGUACUGCUCGCGGAGGCCCCUCAGGUACUCCCCAUCCUGCCCGCGGGGCCCCUCAGGUCAACCUGUCCUGCACACGGGCCCCUCAGUAACAAAAUGGUUCAACAAGUUCCAGAAAACAUCAAUUUUCCUGCUGAAGAAGAGAAAAUCUUGCAGUUUUGGUCUGACUUUAAUUGUUUUCAGGAAUGCUUAAAGCAAUCAAAACAUAGGCCAAAAUUUACCUUCUAUGAUGGGCCUCCUUUUGCAACUGGACUGCCUCACUAUGGACAUAUACUUGCAGGGACAAUUAAAGAUAUAGUCACAAGAUACGCUCACCAGAGUGGGCUUCACGUUGACAGAAGAUUUGGAUGGGAUUGUCAUGGUUUACCUGUGGAAUAUGAAAUUGAUAAGACACUGGGAAUCAGAGGACCAGAGGAUGUAGCCAAAUUGGGGAUUGCAGAAUAUAACAGUCAGUGCCGAGCAAUUGUGAUGCGAUAUUCUACUGAGUGGAAGUCUACUAUUACCAGACUUGGCCGAUGGAUUGACUUUGACAAUGACUACAAAACUCUCUAUCCACAAUUCAUGGAAUCUGUCUGGUGGGUCUUCAAACAGCUCUAUGAUAAAGGCCUUGUUUAUAGAGGAGUGAAAGUCAUGCCCUUUUCCACUGCAUGCAAUACUCCACUUUCCAACUUUGAAUCUCACCAGAAUUACAGGGAUGUUCAAGAUCCUUCAGUAUUUGUAACUUUCCCUUUGGAGGAAGAUGAAAAUAUAUCUUUGGUUGCCUGGACAACUACUCCCUGGACUCUACCUAGUAACCUUGCCCUGUGUGUUAAUCCAGAUAUGCAGUAUGUGAAGAUAAAAGAUGCUGUCAGAGGAAAAUUAUACAUUUUAAUGGAAGCCAGAUUAUCAGCCCUCUAUAAAUUGGAGAGUGACUAUGAGAUCCUUGAAAGAUUUCCUGGUGCCUAUCUCAAAGGCAAGAAAUACAGACCCCUGUUUGACUAUUUUAUAAAGUGUAAAGAGAAUGGUGCUUUUACUGUGCUUGUUGACAACUAUGUGAAGGAGGAAGAAGGCACUGGGGUUGUACACCAAGCUCCUUACUUUGGUGCUGAUGACUAUCGGGUCUGUAUGGAUUUCAACAUCAUUCAGAAAGACUCUGUCCCUAUUUGCCCUGUGGAUGCUUCAGGCUGUUUCACAGGGGAAGUGACAGAUUUUGCAGGACAGUAUGUGAAGGAUGCUGACAAAAAUAUCAUCAGGACCCUAAAGGAACAAGGUCGACUUCUUGUUGCCAGCACCUUCAGCCACAGCUACCCUUUCUGCUGGAGGUCAGACACUCCCCUCGUUUACAAAGCAGUGCCUAGCUGGUUCGUUCGGGUGGAGCAUAUGGUAGACCAGUUGCUGAGGAACAAUGACCUAUGUUACUGGGUCCCAGAGUUUGUGCGAGAAAAGCGAUUUGGAAAUUGGCUGAAAGAUGCACGUGACUGGGCAAUUUCCAGAAACAGAUACUGGGGCACUCCUAUCCCACUGUGGGUCAGCGAUGACUUCGAGGAGGUGGUGUGUGUUGGGUCAAUGGCAGAACUGGAAGAACUGUCAGGAGCAGAGAUCUCAGAUCUCCACAGAGAGAGCAUUGACCAUCUGACCAUUCCUUCACGCUGUGGGAAGGGAUUGUUGCAUCGCAUCUCUGAAGUGUUUGACUGUUGGUUCGAGAGUGGCAGCAUGCCCUAUGCUCAAAUUCAUUAUCCAUUUGAAAACAAGAGGGAGUUUGAGGAUGCAUUUCCUGCAGAUUUCAUUGCUGAAGGCAUUGACCAAACCAGAGGAUGGUUUUACACCCUGUUGGUGCUGGCCACAGCUCUCUUUGGACGGCCGCCAUUCAAAAAUGUGAUUGUGAAUGGGCUCGUCCUGGCAAGUGAUGGCCAAAAAAUGAGCAAACGCAAAAAGAAUUAUCCAGAUCCACUUUCAGUCAUUCAUAAAUAUGGUGCUGAUGCCCUCAGGUCUUUUGGAAGAGGAGGCUCUGUGUUGGAUUUUAUUAAGCAGCACAGAUUAUACCUGAUUAACUCCCCUGUGGUGAGAGCAGAAAACCUCCGCUUUAAGGAGGAGGGUGUUCGAGAUGUCCUGAAGGAUGUGCUGCUACCUUGGUACAAUGCCUAUCGUUUCUUCAUCCAGAACGUCCUGAGGCUACAGAAGGAGGAAGAAAUGGAAUUCCUUUACAACGAGAACAUGGUUAAAGAAAGUACCAACAUCACAGACCGGUGGGUCCUGUCCUUUAUGCAGUCGCUCGUUGGGUUCUUUGAGACUGAAAUGGCAGCUUACAGACUCUAUACUGUGGUUCCUCGCCUGGUCAAGUUUGUGGAUGUUCUGACAAAUUGGUAUGUCAGGAUGAACCGUAGAAGAUUAAAGGGUGAAAACGGGAUAGAGGAUUGUGUUACGGCCCUGGAGACCUUGUUUAGUGUUUUGCUUUCUCUGUGCAGACUUAUGGCCCCCUAUACCCCUUUUCUUACUGAAUUGAUGUACCAGAAUCUGAAGACGCUGAUUGACCCUGUUUCUGUCCAGGACAAGGACACAUUCAGUAUCCACUACCUCAUGCUGCCCCAUGUUCGAGAGGAAUUGAUUGACAAGAAAACCGAGAGUGCAGUAUCUAGAAUGCAGUCUGUGAUUGAACUUGGGCGAGUGAUUCGAGACCGCAAAACUAUUCCGAUAAAGUAUCCUUUGAAAGAAAUUGUAGUUAUUCAUCAGGAUCCAGAAGCUCUUAAUGAAAUUAAGUCAUUGGAGAAGUAUAUCAUUGAGGAAUUGAAUGUUCGAAAAGUUACAUUAUCUACAGAUAAAAACAAGUACGGCAUUCGCCUAAGGGCAGAACCAGAUCACAUGGUCCUGGGGAAGCGUCUGAAGGGAGCCUUCAAGAUGGUGAUGACAUCCAUCAAGCAGCUGAGCAGUGAGGAGCUAGAGCAGUUCCAGGAGAGUGGGACCAUUGUUGUGGAAGGCCAUGAAUUGCAUGAAGAAGAUAUCCGCCUCAUGUACACCUUUGAUCAGGCAACAGGUGGAACGACACAGUUUGAAGCACACUCAGAUGCUCAGGCUUUGGUUCUCUUAGACGUCACCCCUGACCAGUCAAUGGUGGAUGAAGGAGUGGCUCGGGAAGUCAUCAAUCGUAUCCAGAAACUUCGAAAAAAGUGCAAUCUGGUUCCAACUGAUGAAAUAACAGUUUAUUAUAAAGCAAAAUCUGAGGGAAAGUAUCUGAAUAAUGUUAUCAAAAGCCACACAGAGUUCAUAUUUGCCACCAUAAAGUCUCCUUUAAAACCAUAUCCAGUUCCUACAUCAGAUGAAAUCCUUAUUCAAGAAAAAAUGCAGUUAAAAGGGUCUGACCUGGAAAUUACACUCACCAGAGGAUCUUCCAUGCCUGGCCCUGCUUGUGCAUAUGUCAAUCUUAACAUUUGUACAGAUGGCAGUGAGCAAGGUGGAGUACUACUUCUGGAAAAUCCAAAAGGAGAUAAUAGGUUGGACCUUUUAAAGCUGAAGAGUGUUGUUACUAGCAUUUUUGGUGUAAAAAAUACAGAGCUGGCUGUCUUCCAUGGUGAAACAGAAAUAAAAAACCAAACCAACUUACUGAGUCUUUGUGGAAAAACACUUUGUGUGGCUGCAGGAUCAACUCCCUCUGUGGUCGACAGUCCUAGUACUCUUCUCUGUCAGUAUAUCAACCUACAGCUCUUGAAUGCAGACCCACAAGAGUGUUUAAUGGGAACAGUAGGCACUCUCCUGCUUGAAAAUCCACUAGGGCAGAAUGGGCUGACCCACCAAGGUCUUCUGUAUGAAACAGCCAAGGUGUUUGGCCUUCGGAGCAGGAAGCUAAAACUGUUUUUGAAUGAGGCUCAAACAGAAGAAAUUACGGAAGAAAUCCCCAUGAAGACUUUGAACACGAAGACUGUGUAUGUUUCUGUAUUACCGACUACAGGAGACUUCUAACAUUCAGUUAUCUGUGUGGUUCAGUCAACCUUUCCCUGGCAUAUACCUCUUCUCCCCUCCCUCCAACCCCGGACACACACACGGACACAGACAUAUUGAUAUUUCCUUCAGGUGCAUGUAUAAUAUACUGCUUUUGGUCUAAAAUUGAAAUGGAAUUGAUCAAGUGACUUGAGACUUCACAGUAAUAGUCACACUUAACCGUAAACACCUAUGUAGUCAUGUUGAGGAAAAGUUACAGUGUUACCUCAGCACUACAGAGUAUAUUUCUAUACUUGAAUUUUUAAGUAUAGAACAUAGUAGUUGUUUAAAUGGUAUAGUGUGUGUGUGUGUGUGUGCGUGCACUUGUAUAUAUAUAUAUCUCUAUCUAUCUAUCUAUAUAUAUAUAUAUCAUUCUAUGGCCUUUUAAAACAUUUGAAAUCUCUUGAAGGAAUGGACAGUGUUAUAUAUUUUUGCUACCUGGAUUUUCCUGGGUAAUUUGAUGGAAUAUUUUAAGUUU